GAUAGACAAAGCCGAGCCUUUCUCUGUCUUUGCUGUCUUCCCCUUCCUUCUCAUUUCUUUUGCUUUUACAUUUGGCGUCAAAACAAGCCGUCAACACCAAACAAAACACAUAAGCAGAAGCCAUAGCCCAACAACUUCCCAAAGAUCUCCCCAAACUGCCUAGCGGCUCUGCUCAAACUCCCAACCAAAUCAAGCUCUUCUCUCUCUCUCUCUCUCUAACUAUUUAUUUAAAUUUAUUUUCAUGUGCUUUUGCUCGGCUCAGAUCCGGCUUAGUUUAACGAUCCAACCACACUCAACUAAAACCAGCCAGCCAUUUCUUUUUUGUAGCUUUUAAUCGAUCUCCCUCCAUUUUUUUGUAUCUUUAGCUACUUCAAAGCUUCGGUCUUUUUCUUUUGGGUUUGAUUUGUUCUUUUUGGCAUCAAUCUCACUUGAUUAAUGCUUUAGCUCCUCAUAAUCUGUGAAAAUACAAAGACCCAACUGGAGUAUCCAGUAGUUAGUUAAGUUAAUCUUACUGGCUAGCUACCCACUUACUUAAACUUAGAAAUUUCAUGUCAACUGGUGUCAAAGUUUCAUUUUUCUUAUGGGUAGUGUAAUUGCCAGUGCUUUAGCUUAAAGUUUGUGUCUUUUUGAUGGGCGUAAUGUGUAUGUAAUUGAAGAGUUACGUUUGAGUGGAUGAGCUGCAAAACAAAUGGACUGGACUGUUAAUAACGCCUUUAAAUCUUACAAAGAUAUAGAACCCAAGGCUGUGAUGGACAUGGCAAUCAUUCAAAGUGUUGAUCAAAUAGAUAUCGGACUAGGCUCUUCAGAGAAGGGAAAUGCUGUUGUCCCUACAAAAAGAAAGAAGACAAUGACAUCAGUUUAUCUCAAGUAUUUUGAGACUGCUUCAGAUGGAAAGAGUAGAAGGUGCAAGUUUUGCGGACAGAGCUAUUCUAUCGCGACUGCCACAGGCAAUUUGGGAAGGCAUCUCAGUAAUCGACAUCCUGGAUAUGACAAGUCUGGUGAUUCUGUCACAAGUUCAGCACCGCAGCCGAUCACCAUAAUCAAGAAAACUCAACCCCAUGCGGGUCAGGGAAAAGUGCAGGUUGAUUAUGAUCAUCUAAAUUGGUUGCUCAUUAAGUGGCUAAUCCUAGCUUCUCUUCCUCCUUCAACCUUGGAGGAAAAAUGGUUGGCAAACUCAUUUAAGUUUCUGAACCCAUCAAUACAACUUUGGCCAGGCGACAAGUACAAGCUAGUAAUCCGUGAAGUUUUCAGAAGCAUGCAGGAAGAUGUUCGGUCAUCUAUGGAACAGGUUGCUUCUAAGGUUUCAAUAGUUUUAGAUUUCUGGAAUUCCUAUGAGCAGCUAUUCUAUAUGAGUGUCACCUGUCAGUGGAUAGAUGAAAAUUGGUCAUUUCAGAAAGUGCUUCUUGAUAUAUGCCAUAUACCUUUCCCUUGUGGAGGCUCCGAGAUUUAUCAGUGUCUGAAAAAGGUUCUUCAAAUGUACAAUAUAGAGAGCAGACUCCUCUCUUGUACACAUGAUAACAGCCAGAAUGCCAUUCAUGCUUGCCACACCCUGAAAGAGGAUUUAGAUGGUCGGAAAAUCGGUCCAUUUUGUUAUAUUCCUUGUGCUGCUCGUGCUCUGAAUUUAAUUAUAGAUGAUGGAUUAAGAACCACGAAACCGGUUCUCUCUAAGAUUAGGGAGUUUGUACUAGAGUUAAAUUCCUCGGCAGAGAUGGCAGAAGAUUUUGUUCAAUUAACAACAGCUUAUCAGGAAGGAAGCUGGAAAUUUCCUCUCGAAACUUCAGCGCGGUGGAGCGGUAACUACCAAAUGCUUGAUCUUGUGCGGAAGGCAGGAAAGUCUAUGGAUGGUGUCAUACGAAAGAAUGAGGAGACAUUAGGUAGCAGGAUGUUGCUGUGCUCUGCAGAAAAGAAUGCUGUUAGUGCUGUUCAUGGAUAUUUGGAGCCGUUCUACAAAACCACGAAUAACAUAUGCACAAACAAGUUACUCACCAUCGGAUUAGUUCUCUUCUUCAUGGAUCAUAUUUCUGAGAUGAUAACGGUAUGUCGAGAGACCCGCCACAAUCCAGAUUGGCUCAAAAGUGCUGCGGACGAAAUGGCCAAGAAGGCCAGGAGUUACAACAGUCAGGUCUGCAAUAUAUUCACUUACAUGACUGCUGUUCUGGAUCCUCGAAUCAAACGUGAGCUUAUCCCCGAGAGCCUUAGCACGGGAAAUUAUCUAGACGAAGCGAGAAAUCAUUUCAUACGCAAUUAUUCUUCAAGCCAUUUUUCGUCCAUCUCAAAUGCGUAUAGUCAAGAGAUGGAAGAUGGAGGCAAUGUUUCUUUUGCAGAGGAAAUAGCUCGGAAAAAACGGAGGGCUAGCAUGAGCAAUGCCACUGAUGAGCUGACUCAAUAUCUAUCAGAACCUCCGGCUCCAAUACCAACGGAUGUUCUGGAGUGGUGGAAGGUAAACAGCACACGCUACCCUAGGCUUUCUGCGAUGGCUAGGGAUUUUUUGGCGAUGCAGCCAACUUCAGUGGCGCCAGAAGAACUCUUCGGUAGUAAAGGUGAUGAGAUUUAUAAGCAAAGGUUUUGUAUAUCACAUGAUAGCACACAAGCAAUUCUAUGUAUCAAAUCAUGGACUCAAGGAGGGAUCAGAUUGAAGUAUAAGUCAACAGAAAUAGAUUACGAGAGGUUGAUGGAGUUGGCAGCCGCAGAUAACAACAGUUCUGGGUCUGAAAAAAAACUAAAAUGACCCCUCAAGCCUUUGCAAGAAGGAACUUGUUUUGGAUACUACGUUGGUGUUGUUGUAACCUAUCAAAAAUAUUUUGUAUUUAUGUAUAGAUCACAAUUCUGGGAAUGCUAACAAGAGGUGAACUGGUCAAUCAAAUUUGACAAUGUAAACACCUAAAUGCGGAUUCUUACCAUACUUGAAGUAGCAGAUUGAUUUGGUAAA